GUAUGUUCUCUCUCUGUCUUAAUUAUGUAGAUUGUCAAAUAUACAUGUUACUUAUAUUAAUAUUAUAAACCCGGAACUACGGUACUGUAUAUUGCUUCCGUAUAUGGGUAAUAUGAUUAUUUGAAUCGCCGGGUGCAUAAAACGAGGAAGUUGCACCUCAGUGUAGGCAAUGUGUAGCGAGUUUUAAAAGUGAUAAGGCUCUAGAUAUUGUCUUGUGUUGCAAAUGUGUUAGAAAUCUGUACAAAUUUGAGAUACCUGACGAGUCCUUCUAGUUAAAUUUCCCUGUGGAAUUUGUACAGCCUAACGAGUUACAAGCCUUGUUUAGUUAUGUGUCAUAACAUGUGUACUGAGCACACUAGUUUCAUCUGUUGGCCAGUAUUGUUAUUGGCAGUUACAGAAAUUAUCUCGGAGAGAAGACUUAUGUUUAUGCACACUUGCUCCUACAAAAUACGUACUUAACACCACGCGAUGUGUUUUUGUCGUAAACGUGUGUCUCUUUCAAGUGCAUUGAUUUAAUUUUCAGUUUCAACAAACGUACCCCUCUGUUAUUAUUUAUAAGUAUUUUGAAGAGAUGCGUUCAACUCAUCGACUGGAGUUGUUUCCUGAAUGUGUUGUGACCCUGCUGCUGUUUAAAGAUGUCAAGAAUGCUGGAAUAUUGAGAAAGAAAGCAAUGGAAGGAGCUAUUGAUGGAGCCUUGAUAAACCCAACAAUGGUAGUGGACUCCUUCCAGAUACUUGUGGCUGCAAACAAGGCAGUUCAUUUACACAAAGUUGGGAAAAUGAAGACAAGAAAUCUUUAUUCUGAAAUCAUAUUCAAUCUGUCACCAGCCAAUAAUAUUUCUGAUGCUUUUAAAAAAUUUGGGAUAUCAGACGGUGACUCAGCUGUUCUCAUUGUAUUGAUUCAUGAAAAUGAGGAUAAAUGUAACCUAGAGGAAAUUACAGCACAUGUGGAGGGACAGCAAAUUGCCCUUGAAGAUCUGUCAACGAUUACAGAUGUGGCAAAAGUUAAAAAGCUUUACAAGCUUACCCCUCAGGAGGAAAAGGUUGGAACACUGCUUGAUGGCAUUAUUUGCAGAAUGGCUACAAAAGAUGUUUUGUAAUAGAUGUUUCCCUUAAAUCGUUUGUGGUGGAAUCUACUGUACAUUAAAAAAAAAAAAAAAAAAAAAAGCUGUUUUUCUUUUUUUUUUGUAUUGUGAAGCAAUACUGUUUAACAUGCUGCAGUAGGUGACGAACACUACAUAAAGGAUAUUGUUAUCUGUAUCAGAAAAUUGUUCAGUGCUAUAAAAUUGAUAAUAUCUAUAAAUAAUUUUUUAUUAGUCAACAUUAGAUUAUCUAUACCUAAAGAAUGUGUGGCAUCUUGUCUUUAUUAUGGCAAAUAAAUACAUUCCAGUACUCAGUCACUUCUCAUUGAUCAGUUACUUUGCUUGUUAUUCACCAAAGAGUUUUAAACCUGCUUGCCAAUAUGUCACAAUACUCCUUGCAGCAGCAGAAGGUUACAGCGUAGGAAGCUAAACACAAAAAAGCAUUUAGGAACAAGAGGAGGCCGUUCAGCCCAUGAAUGCUAGUCCAGUUCCUCAUAGCUGAUUUAUCCCCAAGUUUUUGCAAGUCAGAUCUUAAUGCAUCCCAAUGGUUCAGCAUAAACAAGGCUUGGUAACCAUUUCCAUACCAUAACCCUCAGGAUUGCUUUUCAUUCCAAAUGGAAAUAUUUACAGAUUAGGUAUUUUUCACUUGGCUUUGAAGCCAGCAGCCUUAUUAAAUGCAUGAUAUAACUAUGGGUCACAGCACUUUUAGGAAUUCAAAUUCAACAAUAAUUCAAAUGCUUUCAACAGUUAUAAUUCAGCUUCCUUAGAGGUUAGAAAACUGUAAAUAAGGAUUGACCCUUCCUUGUUUUAUUGUAUGUCUCUGCAUAUUUACACUACAUAUUUUCAAAUAAUAAAUAGCUUCUUCAAAGAAAUCGGUAAAUGUUCUCCAAUAUGGCUACCAAAAAAGUAACCAGUUUAAAUAGCUUUAUUCCAAUAUAAGGUGAUUCAAAUACAAAUGAUUACCUGAAACAUUUCUGCCUUUUCUUAAGUGCUCAUUGAUUUGGGGAUAAUAGUGUUUUUUUUCUUCUCCGGAGGUUCUACAAACUGUUCUGUGUCUUGUCAGACUAUUAAGUGCAUAAUUAAAAACAUUUGUAACCUCCGUGACUCAGUUAAAAAUUAUUUGUACUGUCUGGUGCACAAGACAUUAACACAUUUGUUUAAAAACUUGUUUCACACUCUCAUCCACAUAUUGUUGUAAGAUAA